AUGCGCGGGACCACUAGCUCCUCGCUGACCCCCUUCCUCCUCCCAAACCACGGAACGGUUUGGGCGCGUCUCCGCGGCGGGUACCUGAGGCGCAAGCUUCCGCGCAGCCAGAGCCCUAGUCAGGCCGCUUCGGAGGACGAGCAUGGCGGGGCUUCGAGCGCUGGGAAGGCCAGCCAGCCGAUCGUCCUACCAGCUGUGUUUGUCUGCAUUGCCCUGGUGUUCAGCUUGAUCGUGCCCCUCUUUGGCAAGUACCCCAGCCUGGAACUUCAGCCCUGGAUGUACAACGAACAGUACACGUUUGUCAGAGACAUGCCCUGCUCAGUGGGGGAGGAGGAGUGGACCACCGCCCCCGUUCCCCAGACCAUCACGGACCUGUUCCAAAAUGGGAACUGGACGAUGGAGAACCCCUCACCCACCUGCCAGUGUAGCAGUGACAAAAUCAAGAAGAUGCUGCCCGUGUGUCCCCUGGGGGCAGGGGGGCUGCCUCCUCCACAAGCUUUGAAGGAGCAAGUAGUACUUGAGAAGAAAAGGAAUCCGUGAAGUCCAUUCAUACCUCCUAGAAAAUGAGUUGCCUUAUAUGGC